CUAUACUGUACAUAACAUAGACGACGGAAAACAUUCAAUACCGACAACAAAGCUCAAUUCAGGUUUGCUUGCCCUUUCUUAUCAAAGGUCGACAAUUUCCGGGGUAUUUGAAGAAAUUUAAACUAUCGGGCAUUCAGUCCAUUGAGGACCUUUCCCGACUGUCUGAAUCGGUACCCUGUGGUUUACGAUCAAAAGGAAGCUUUAAUUUUCACGUAUUAUGUAAAAUGAUUGAUGAGAUAAAAGAACACGUGAAAAAUUGCUUAUAUAAGAAGCCCACGAAGCAGGUUUUGUUAGGGAUCAAGAGAAGAGGUCAAGGUAGCCAUUCAAGGAAGCAAGUGCCAUAGAAACAUCCAAUAUGAACUCAAAAGUUUGGGCCUGCGGACUCGCCAUAGCAACGUUUUAUGCAUGCGCUCUGCAGACGAGCGGUCACUCCAUAAGAGGAAAGGAAUCUACGCACAUGCUUAAUAAUAUAGGCCAUGUUAUAUGUCCCUCUGGAGAUUCUCGUUGUCGCAAAGACCAAGCAGAGAUCAAACACCCUGAAGAUCUACAAGGAGCAUCUAAAGAACAGCAAAAACAUCCCAAAGAAAAACUCUCAAACAGCGAAAAACAAUUACCAAGAUUAGUGAAGAUUUUCCAUAGAUAUCUGUUACGUAACAAGGCUAGGAAAACAAACAGGAAGCUAUCGAAAGCGCUGAAUUCGCUUACUAACAAACAGGACACUAGGUUUUUACAUGAUGUAGAGAUCCCUGUGGUAGGCCUAAAACACAGGAAUCAAAAGCGACGCUCUAUUUGUUCCCGUGGAAGAUGGGGAUGCCGCAGAACUGCAUACGAGAAGACUUUAUUCCCAGCGAUGAGAUUCAAGCGUGGUAUUAGGAGAUUAAGAAAAGGACAUAGAAUAGUGAAGGAAAAAGAAAGAAGUUUAGGUUUCUAUUUGUCAAGGAAGACAAUAAGAGAUUUUAUGAGAGAUAUUCGGCAGUGGAAAGUUGGGACCGGAAAGUCGAGGAUUCGACGGCAGAAUAACAGAUGCCCGGCAGGGAUCUGGGGCUGCAAGUCUACCAAGCCUCAACAAGAGAACGAAGCAUUAUCAGGAUUAGGCGGUUUUAUUAAGUACAUCAUGGAGCACUUAGCAGCUAAACAGGCGCAAACACAGGGGGGUUCGCCGACACCAAGCGCACACUCCAUUGGCCGCCAAAAAGUGGGUCAUUCCUUAUUAAGGGAUCGGCAAACCCUUUCCUUGUUCCAUACCACACCUAUGACUGCGCACCCUCCCUCAGCCAAACCUGGAUACUCGUCAUCUAAGGAUUCAUAAUAAUUUGAAAACUCAGCAUUUCUUCGUGAUUUUAGAUUGACAAUAUUCGGAUCAAUUUAACAUCUACCUCUUUUUUUACCAGGAAAUCCUGUUUUCGGGUUUCAAUAAUUUUUUAUAUGAAAACAAAAUAGGUAAAAAUUUAAGCAGUCCUCUGUGAAUCACAAGGCAUAACAAAAGCACGAAAGAAAAAAAACGAAAUCAGGCAAAAAGGCUUGAGGUAUCUGAAGAGACGGUAUAAGAUAAGCUUGGUACUGUAUUUCAAUAAAUCAAGCACGCAGCAAUAGAUUAAUUAGCACUUUUGUACUUCUAGCGGAAAUUACAGCGCCUGUCAGAGAUACAAGUAUAUUAUUUAGUACAAUAAACACACAAAUAAAAAUUUCAAACUUUCUUAUCAUUCACUUUAUCUCUCAAAUUAAAUAGAACACUGGAAACUAUA